GCUUACGUGUUUAGUCAAUUUUUCAUUCAACAAUAAAAUAAAAUGUUAAAUAUUCGUCCUUUACCUCCAGGUCUCGCCAAAAAAGCCGUCGAAGAGCUCAACGAAGAUCCAUCUCGCAUCCCAAAAGACCUCGAAGCCAUUCGACAAUGGUUAGCAAAAUCACCGCACAUCAAAGCCCGCACCGACGACCAAUUCCUGCUCGCUUUUCUACGUGGAUGCAAAUACAGCCUCGAACGCGUCAAAGAAAAAUUGGAUCUUUUUUACUCGAUUCGUCGUGCAAUUCCCGAAGUUUUCGCCGAACGCGAGCCCUCGUCUGCCCGAAUGCGUGAAAUUAUGAAGUUGGGAGUCGUUUUGCCACUUCCCAACACCGAAACACCUGACAGCCCGAGAAUUUUCCUCGUUCGUCCCGGAUGUUAUGACGCCGAAAAAUUCGCCGUGCUCGAAACAUGGAAAGUCAGCACCAUGAUUUUCGAGAUAAUGAUGCGAGAGGAUGACAAUCUCAUGGUUGCCGGACAAAUUGGCGUCAUCGAUUUGGCUGACGUGACAAUGACGGCGUUCGUGCAAAUGACUCCGGCAGUUAUAAAGCGAAUGACGGUAAUUGGACAAGAUAGUUCACCAAUUAGGGAUAAAGGAACGCAUUUUAUUAACACUCCGCCGGGGUUUUAUCAGAUUUUUAAUAUUUUCAAGACAUUUAUGACGGAGAAGAAUAAGCAGAGAACGCAAGUUCAUGGAGAUAAUGUUGAAAAAUUGUUCGAAAAAAUACCGAGAAGACUUUUUCCAACGGAGUAUGGAGGGGAAGCGGGUUCCAUUGCGAGUAUAAUUGAAUAUUGGGAACGAAAAAUUGAUGAAUACACGGAUUAUUUCAUUGAAGAAGAGACUGAAGGUUAUGGAACGGAUGAGAAAAAACGACCGGGAAAGCCGAAAAAUGCUGAAACUCUCUUUGGUUUGGAAGGAUCUUUUAGACAACUUGCUUUUGAUUAAAUUAAAUAAAUUAUUUUUUUUUUAAUUUAAGCAAUUAAAAUUUGAUUUUUUCAAUUUUGCGCUCUUUUCUUUCCAAUUUUGU